AUGUCCUCUUCUCAAGAUUCCGCCACCAAGGUCUCUAUCGAUAGAUUCGAUGGAGACAACUACGCGACGUGGAGCCGCUACAUGCGUGGCGUGUUCCUGACCAAGUCGACGUGGCACGUGGUCAACCGGGAGACCACCCCCACCUUCACCGAUCCUCGCGCCAGUGAUGAGUACGUCAAGAUGAAAAACAUUGCGUUCGGCUUGAUGUUACUUUACAUGAGCGCGGACUAUCAUCACGUGGUUGAUGACUGCGAGGAGGCAUGGGUUGCGUGGGCGCGGUUGAAGACUCUCUAUGGCGGAUCUCAGAAGGCGGGACGGAUCUUCUUGAAGAGGCAUCUGUUCAGCAUAUCGAUGGAGGAAGACAGCAAUGUAAUGCAUCAUUGCAAUGACGUUCUCAACGUCAGCGCCAAGAUUAGCAGCAUCGUCGCUAAGAUGGACGAAGAGGACGUGGAUAUCUGCUUGUUGCGCAGUCUCAUUAAGAGCUACAAGAAUGUUGUGUUAAACUUGGAGAUGAGUAGCGCGGAACUGCGUUCGCGAGACGUCGUGAGAGUGCUCAUGAAUGAUCAUAUAAAGAGGCAAGGUGACAAGACGACAUCGGUGGUGACUGAAGAAGCGACAAAUGUCUUCAUCACCGAGCGUGAAUUCCGUCAAUGUACGUUCUGCGGAAAAUUGGGGCACACGGUGGAACCAAGCAGAAGGAAGACAACCGAGGAGCUCGACGCACCGGCAACAAUGCUCGUGGACGCGGAGCAAAUCAAGUCUAAUGGCAGGGCUACAACAGCAACGGCAACAACUACGAUCAUGACCGAGUGGCGUUUGCUGUUUCGCUGGAAAUUCGAACUUUCGACGACCAAGACCAUGGUGGGAAUGUGGUCGAUUGACAGCGGUGCAACGCACCACAUCUGCUAUGACAAGUCCAAGUUUGAAGUUCUGGACGAGCGCAACGAAGGCAAAGUGCUAGUUGCAGACGGAAACAAGGCAGCGAUCAAUGGAGUUGGGACUUCGUCGAAAAGGUAG